AUGUAUACCAAAACCAUCAACAAUGUCGAGAUAGCCUACGAUGAGUCCGGGUACGCCGCCGGGCCACCCAUCGUCCUCCUCACAGGAUGGGCUCACGACAUGGGACUCUACGACGAGAUGCUGCCGCUACUCGUUCCCCAACACCGCGUGAUUCGAAUGUGCUGGCGAGGGCACGGGCCAAACCGCAUGGGCAUUCCAGACUUUGGCGUCGAGGAACAAGUCCUGGACGUGAUUGGACUCCUCUCCGCCUUGGACGUUGACCAGUUCUACUUGGUCUCUCACUCUCACGGGGGCUGGCCGGCUCUCGAGCUCGCCGACAGACUGGGCAAAUCCAAAGUCUUGUGCCUCGUUAUGAUCGACCAAAUCAUGACACCACCUCCGCCGGCAUUUGCACAAGGUCUUCAGGCUAUGCAGAGCAAAGCCACCUGGCUCAGAGCUCGGCAAGAACUCUUCGACCACUGGCUUGCCGGCAGCAGCAACAAAGCCGUGCACGACCACUUCUACUACAACAUGGGCAGGUUCGGGUAUCAGAUGUGGUCGCUAUCGUGUCGAGUCAUCGCCGAGGCGUACAAGACGCACGGGAGCCCGCUGGACAGGAUGAGCAGGAUCACCGACUCGCCACCGAUCCGUCAUGUCUUCUCCCAUCCACGCCAGAGUCCCGAGUACCGGAAACUACAUGAGGACUUUGCAUCAGAACAUGCCUUCUUCUCGUAUGCCGAUCUGGAGGGCGAGACACACUUUCCUGACCUAGAGAUUCCACAGAAGGUUGUUGAUCAGAUUGAGGACUUGAUUCGGAGCACGAGCGACCGUGCGAUCCAAUGA